AAACCCAAAAACUAGUCUGGAUUUUAGCUUUGUGGAAAAAAGUCCAACACAAUUUAGCAGCAUAAUGGCUUGCGUCUCAAGUUAUUGGUUGCUCUCCCUGGGUCUGAUGGGGUUGACCUUUGGUGACAUUACGAACAUCAAGAUAAAUGACCAUUCCCCUUUUUGGCUGGGGUCAAACGAGUCAUUUCAAGAUUUUCCGGAAUCAUCCGUCCCCUCGGACGACGACACGGAUGGGGUAGGAACCACUACUGCCGAAUUUCCAGUAGCGUCAGACGAUUUCGAUUUACGACAAGAUUUCGGUCAAAAUGAAGACCUUUCGACCAGUUACACUCCAGGCUAUUGUCGCUGUAUUAACAAGUACUACUGCAAUGGAGCCAACUAUAAGGUCGUUAGAGCUAAAAGGGCCGUGAACAAUCCGCCUUGCAGAAAUCGGGACGAUGUCAUGUGCUGCUUGACGACAGGUCCAGGAUGUGGCGUCCCAGCAAAUUUCCCAUUUUUUAAUCCCUACCCUUUGUACGGCGAGGCAAACUUUGGAGAUCAUCCUUGGACUGCGUUAGUAAUGGAUACGAACAACCAAGUGAUUUAUGGUCUAGGGAUCGUAAUUUCAUGGAGAAUAGUGUUGACCACGGCCCGAAAUGUGCAACAUCUCCAAAGUGGAAGGUCUGGACGACUUAAAGUCCGUCUGGGCGAAUGGGACCUCUCCUCAAAUGAUGAGCCCUUCAAACCACAAGAGUUUGGAGUCAGUGAAAUCAUCAUCCAUCCAAAUUUCAAUCCUAGAACGUACCAAAAUGAUAUUGCCAUCCUACGAUUGACAAAUUUUGUCGAUCUCAGCUCAUUCCCCAGCAUUCGAUCUGGCUGUGUGGCUAAACCAAACGAUGUCAACAAGUUUGCGGGUGCAAAGUGUCUCGUGUCUGGUUGGGGGGUGCAGCCUUCUCUUCGCCAACGGGUCGUGGUUGGGAACAAAAAUCCUGCCGGGGUUGGAGGUCGUCCAAUUUCAUCACAACAACAGCAACAAGUGCCGCCUGCACAAACGUUGCCGACCCAACCAAACCCACCACCGGGUCAGGGCGCAGGUCAGACGAGAAACAUAUUGAAGGAGGUGGACUUACAAAUGGUGGAGGGGAACGUUUGCCAGGAUGCCCUCCGUAAAAAUGUCGGAGAUCCUCAAUUUCUACUCGAUCAGAAGAGCUUCCUUUGCGCUGGUGGCGAUCAUGGGAAAGGUUUAUGCAAGGGCGAUGAAGGAGGUGCUCUUGUCUGCAAGGACAGAAGAAGUGAGCGCUACACCGUCGUGGGCAUGGCGUCAUGGGGCACAACUUGUGGUCAGGCUGGUUUCCCCGUUGUUUUCACAAAUGUUGCAUCCUACUAUGAGUGGAUCAAGUCGGUAGAUCCGCAAAUUGGUCAGUGAAAGUAAACGUUGAAUAAAUUGUUAAAGUAUUUGCAACACAAAG